ACUUCAAGUGCGGGUAUGAUAGCAAUACGGAAGGUUCCACAAAGAUUUGCAAUGCCAAUCGUUCCUAAGACCAGAUGACGAGCUCAUACCGAUGAUUGACCAUGCCAACGUGGCUUGUGGCUUCCACGCUGGCGAUCCGCUCAUUAUGCAGGAAACCGUGCGGACCUGCAAGAAGCAUAAUAUCGCCGUAGGCGCUCACCCAGGCCUCCCAGACAUCCAGGGGUUCGGGCGACGCGAGAUGAAACUAAGCCCCGAUGAGAUUACGGCGAUGGUGAGGUAUCAGAUCGGAGCGCUUAAGGCUUUCCUGGACGCCGAAGGCAUGCCGUUACACCACGUGAAGCCGCAUGGGGUGCUGUACGGAAUGAUGUACCGAGACAAAGACGUCUGCAGGGCAGUGUACGAAGGCGUUCCAAAAGGGACACCAGUUUUCGGCCUCGCAGGAACAUAUCACGAAGACUUGGCGAAGGAGCUAAGCCUGCCGUUCACGGCGGAGAUCUAUGGUGACGUGAAAUACAACAAAGACCGAACGCUCGUCAUCGACCGCAAGAAGAAGGCAUGGACCCCCGAAGAGACGAAGAAGCACAUCUCUUCACUGGUCGACAACUCCUCCGUUACUGCAGUGACGGGCGAGGAAGUCGAGCUUUCGUUGGGCGAACAUGACGUCUCGCUCUGCUGCCAUAGUGACAGUCCAGGCGCGGUCCAAAUCGUCACAGCUGCGCGGGAGAUCGUGGACGACUUCAACAAGAAGCAUGAUUAUGUCUAAAGUAACCCCUCUUUCUUGACGAGAGUGUACAUUUAGGUGCGGACUGGUCGCGAAGAUCAGAAAUGGUCAAGUCAGGC